AUGAGUAAGCAAUUUGCAAGGCGUUUUCAAGAUCGACCCUACUUUGGAACCUUUUCGUGUUUCAAACCCUUAUUUGUGGUCAAAGAUUUGGAUUUAGUAAAGACAGUUUUACAAACUGAAUUCAACAGUUUCCAAAAGAAUGAUUUUGAUUUAAACGAAGAAUUGGAGCCAAUUUUUGCUACUAAUCCUUUUACUCAAACUGGGCAAAGAUGGAAACGUUCCAGAACGCAAAUCACGCCCGCUUUCACUUCAGGAAGAAUGAAAGCAAUGUAUCCAUUGAUGUUAGAAGUCGGAGAGAAGAUGAAUAAAUAUUUGGAAAAAAAUGAAAAACUUCCAGAUGGAAUUGAUGUGAAAGAACUUAAUGAAAAGUUUGCUAUGGACAAUGUGGCAAGUUGUGCUUUUGGAAUUGACGUAGAAUCUUUUCAAGACCAAGAUUCUGAUUUUAUCCGAGCAGCGAAAAAGAUUUUCGAGCCUUCAUUCUCAAACAUGAUUAAAUUUCUAUUAACAUUCAUGGCGCCUACAAUAACUAAAAUUCUUAAAUUUCGUAUAAUGCCUCCAGAAACAGCAAAUUUCAUGAGUCAAAUAGUAAAUCAAAACAUCAAAUACCGAGAGGAGCACAACAUUACUAGAGAUGAUUUCUUACAAGGAAUGUUGAACUCAAGAAGCAAAACCCAAGGCGAAUUUCCACCUUUGACCAAUAAGGAAAUGACUGGACAUGCAGUAUCUUUUCUCACAGAUGGUUAUGAAACCUCCAGCGGUGUUAUGGCAUUCACGUUUUUUGUGGUAGCCAAGUAUAAGGAUAUCCAAAACAAAUUGCGUGAAGAAAUUGAAGAAGUUUUGAACAAACAUGAUGGACAAAUGACUUAUGAAGCUAUUAUGGAAAUGUCGUAUCUUGAGAAAAUUAUUUAUGAGACCAUGAGAAUGUACCCUCCGGCUUUGAUGCUACAGAAAAGAUGCACUCAAGAAUGCACUUUGCCUGGUAAAUCAUCCGAAGACAUUACCUUGCAUCCAGGAGAUGCUGUUGUAAUUCCUGUCUAUUCUAUUCAUCAUGAUCCAGAAUUUUAUUCAGAUCCAGAAAAAUUUGACCCUGAAAGAUUCAGUGAAGAAGAGAAAACAUCGAGGCAUUCAUAUGCAUUUUUAGGAUUUGGUGCAGGUCCAAGGACCUGUUUAGGAAUGCGUUUCGCUCUUUUGCAAAUGAAAGUUGCAUUGAUGUCUGCUGUUAAAAACUUUGAAUUAUCU